AUGGAGAUUCCACUGUGUUAUCGUUUUUAUCCAACUGAUGAAGAAAUCAUUCUUCAUUAUCUUUAUAACAAAACUCAUGGCUUCCCACUCUCUUCAUCAUCUGCUAUGAUUGAGUGCGAUCUCUACGAUGAAACUGAUGCGUGGAAGAAUUUCUUUAAAGCUACGAUAGAGACUACUCUUUACUUUUUCACAAAGCUUAGAAAGAAAUCGGAGAAAGGUUCCAGAGUUAAACGUGCUACAGGAAGCAGAACAUGGAGAACUCAGGGUGAUGAAGAUUUGUACAACGGUGGUGACAGAAGACAACGCAUUGGAUACAAACGGAGUCUUACGUUUAUCCCCAAGAAGACUGAAGAAAAGGGAAAAUGGGUGAUGAAGGAAUAUCUGCUUCAUGACAGCCUAUUGAGGAACAAGAAGAGUGAUUUGGUUGUCUGCCGAAUGAAGAAGAAAGUCAUCGAAGAAGAAACAAUGAGAAGUGAGUUGACGAGUAAUAAUAAUUGUUAUAACCACUCACAGAAAUAA